AUGAGUAAUAGAUUAGUGGCUAUAGGAUAAAACUCUUUGAUUCCAAUUAAAGCAACAGGUAAAUUGGGUGAUGAAUUUUUUGAUAAACCAGAAUAUGAACCAAAUUCAAUGGAAUUACUUAAAAAAAAAGAGAGACAUCAAGAAUUAAGAGAUAAAGGAUAUUUAAUUAAGGAUAAACUAAUUGAAGAUGUUCCUGAUGAUAUACCAUUUUAUGAAAUUUUUGAUCCUCCUAAUGAAAAUUAUAGAAAGAUCUUUUAUCCUCAAGAUUUAAAAUCAAAAGUAGCUUACAAUUAUCAUUCUCCAAAUUUUGAGAAUAAUGAACAAUUUUUAGUUGAUUAAGAAGAUAUAGAGUAAGCAGAAUAAGCAAUUAAAUAAUAAUAAGAAGCGAAUAUGAGAAAAGAAUCAAAAUUAUAAAGAUUGAAUCAAUAAUUUAAAAAAUAGAAAGAAUUAGAAGCAGAAAUAGAAAGAAGAUAGAGAUAAGAUCAAGCAAUUGAAAAUGUAAAGAGAGAAAGAAUUUCAAGUAAACAUCCAAUAUCAUCACCAUCAAAAAAUCAGCCUUAAAAGGUCAGUCCUCAUUUACCAUUUAAAAAUUAUGGUUUGGCAAUAGUUGGUCCAAAGGGUAAAAUGUCAAUGCAAAAAGAUAAUAAAAAUAAUAAAGUUCUCUCAAAAAAGUAGUAAAAAAUAGAGGAUGAUGAUGAAAAUUAAAAGAAAAAAACUGUAACGUUUGCUGAAGAAGAUGAAGUGAAAUAUAUACCUAAAAAUUGGAAAUCUCAAUCUGAAGAGCUUAGGGAAUUAAUUAAACAAAAUAAGAAAAAUAAGAAGUUUAAAUGA